AUUGUUUUGAGGCCCUCCUCCCCUUCACUAUAACUCCUAAUUAAUUUAUUAGACACUCCAUAAUUAAUACAUAAACUAAUUAUAUGUUGAUUAUUGGAAAUAAGCAAAAACUAAUCCAACAUUUCUGCUAUAUUAAUACAAACUCACUGCUCCCACAAUCACAAACACUUCCACACACACUCUGAAAAUGGUAGGAGUAGAACAUAAAACACUGAGCUUAAAUGGGAUUAGCAUGCACGUAGCAGAAAUGGGCCAUGGUCCAAUAAUCCUCUUCCUCCACGGCUUCCCUCAGUGCUGGUACACUUGGCGCCACCAGAUCACCUUCUUCGCCACCCACGGCUACAGGGCCCUGGCCCCCGACCUCCGCGGCUAUGCAGAUACUACUGGCGUCCCGCCCAGUGAUCCCGCGAAAUUCACCACGCUGCAUGUGGUAGGCGACAUCGUUGCGCUCAUCGACGCGUUGGCGCCGCCCAAUGAUCAGAAGGUGUUGGUGGUGGGCCACGACUGGGGGGCUUUGGUUGCUUGGGCGCUGUGCUUGUAUAGACCGGAUAAGGUUAAGGCUUUGGUGAAUAUGAGCGUGGUUUUCACACGCAGAAACCCUAGCAGGAAGCCCCUUGAAAUGCUCCGUGCUGUUUAUGGAGAUGAUUACUACAUCUGCAGAUUCCAGGAACCAGGAGCAAUAGAACACGAAUUUGCCCAAAUAGGUACAAAGACUGUGCUGAAACAUUUCCUAACAUACCGCACUCCAGGUCCACUCAACAUUCCUAAGGGCAAACCAUUCCCUGAUACUCCAAUUUCUCUGCCUCCAUGGUUGUCUGAAGAAGAUGUCGAUUACUAUACCAGCAAAUAUAACCUCACUGGCUUCACCGCAGCCUUAAACUACUAUCGAGCACUCGACAUAAAUUGGGAACUGACGGCAGCGUGGACGGGGGCUCAAAUUACAGUCCCAGUGAAGUUCAUAGUUGGGGAUGUUGAUCUGACGUACAAUGCCCCAGGGUGCAAAGAGUACAUACACAAGGGUGGGUUCAAGAGAGAUGUUCCUCUGUUGAAGGAAGUAGUUGUAAUGGAAGGGGUAGGUCACUUCAUUCAUGAAGAGAAGCCUGAUGAUGUUAAUGCCCACAUUCACUCUUUCUUCAAGCAAUUCUCUUCUUCCCAUUGUUCAGCAUUGUGAUCUGCGUGCAGCCUCAUUGUGCUACUAUACCACUCUUCUCUGUUAAUUAUGUAUUUUAUGAUUGAUGGCUCAAGUUUGAGCAUUUAUGUCCAGAAACAAGUAGUUUGUGUAAGAAAAAUUUUAAUUCAGAUCGAGUUUGGUGGAACUUAAUUUGGAUAAAAUGUUUCGGUGUAUGUAAUUCGUUUUGACAUGGUUCUCAACUGAUGUUUGUGUUUUAUGAAGCUAAUUUGCUGAAAAUUUGGUCGA